GAAGUUUUUGUCUGAGAGAUUUGAAACCUAAGCAAUGGCUACAGGGUGACUUCUUGGAUCCUCCACGUUUCCAGGUGAAGAGCGGUGGACCCAGCUGGGACAUGAGCCUAUCAGCUGGGCUCCCUGUGCGGCUGCUGUUGCUGCUGCUGCUGCUGUGGUCUGUGGCCCCGCAGGCACGACCACCGCGUUCACAUUCUCUACGAUAUCACUUCAUGGGUGCCUCAGAGCCAGACCUCGGGCUGCCUUUGUUUGAGGCUAUGGGCUAUGUGGAUGACCAACUCUUUGUGUCCUACAAUCAUGAGAGUCGCCGUGCUGAGCCCAGGGCCCCAUGGAUCUUGGAGCAGACCUCAAGCCCGCUGUGGCUGAAGCUGAGUCAGAGCUUGAAAGGGUGGGAUUACAUGUUCAUAGUGGACUUCUGGACCAUCAUGGGCAACUAUAACCACAGUAAGGUCACAAAGUUGGGAGUGGUGCCCGAGUCCCACAUCCUGCAGGUGAUCCUAGGCUGUGAGGUGCAUGAAGACAACAGUACCAGUGGCUUCUGGAGAUAUGGCUAUGACGGGCAAGAUCACCUUGAAUUCUGCCCCAAGACACUGAACUGGAGCGCAGCUGAGCCAGGGGCCUGGGCCACCAAGGUGGAGUGGGAAGAGCACAAGAUCCGUGCCAAGCAGAACAGGGACUACCUGGAGAAGGACUGCCCUAAGCAGCUGAAACAGUUCCUGGAGCUGGGGAGAGGGAUUCUGAGACAGCAAGUGCCUACUUUGGUGAAAGUGACUCGACACUGGGCCUCUACGGGGACCUUUCUAAGGUGUCAGGCUCUGAACUUCUUCCCCCAGAACAUCACUAUGAGGUGGUUGAAGGACAACCAGCCACUGGAUGCCAAGGACUUCAACCCUGAGAAUGUCCUGCCUAAUGGGGAUGAGACCUAUCAGGGCUGGCUGACCUUGGCUGUGGCCCCUGGAGACGAGACAAGGUUCACCUGUCAGGUGGAGCACCCAGGCCUGGAUCAGCCUCUCACUGCUGCUUGGGAGCCCUUGCCGUCUCGGGCCAUGAUUAUUGGCAUCAUCAGUGGGAUCACUGUUGGUGCCAUCUUCUUUGUUGGAAUUCUGUUCCUAAUCUUAAGGAGAAGGAAGGCUUCAGGAGGAUCCAUGGGUGGCUAUGUCUUAACAGAGUAUGAGUGACCUGAAGUCUGCAGAACCAUGGAAGAGAGAAGUCUCAGCCAAAGACUUGGAGGGGCUCACACUUGCUCUAUUCUAGGACACAGUUGGCCCUAACAUACAGAAACUGCCUGAGAACUCUACUCUUAGCUUCCCCUGUUCACUUUCUUAAGGUGUUUUCUCCAGUUAAGUUCAGUGCCUGAAUAAUAGUGACUACCCCAGUUGCAACCUCUUCAGAACUGGUCUCAUGAUUCUUAAGCUGCUUCUUGGAGGCAUCCUUCAUUUUCUGCAUCCAUCUAGACUGUGUAUGUCUACUUAAAAAGCCCCUCUAAGUUUGAGGGAUACGUGAUUGAUUUCUACAUCUGAAGAAGUUAUGAACCUUCAUCCUGGGAUGCACACACAUACUUGUGCCAGAAUUUUUCUUACAUAUUCUAGAAUCCAGGACCCAUUCAACUGUCCUUUGAGCCUCUCCAACUGUUAUCUAGUGACUCCUCUGUCACCAAGCCCUGACUCCUCUGCCAUUGGAGUGUUAUAUGGGUCAUUAAUAAAGCCAAGAAGGCCACAAGCCAUGUGCAACUUGAGGCAUCACCUUCUGAGAAAAUAUAGAUGUUUGUGUACAUAAUUAUGGCUAUGUGCUCAUAUCUGCACAAAGGUGGUGUGAUGUUUUUAAUGGUUAACAUCAUGUACAUUUGUGAUAUGAUGCCUAUGAGGUACCCUCUCUCCUUGUCCUGAAAAUAAAAAUCAUCAACGAUUUUCAUAA